AUGCCUCGCGUCGGCACGCACCGGCUGAUCAACUGCCACCGCAAUGUGCCCGGCGUGCUGAUGAAGGCGGGCUGCAACAUCUUUGCGCAGCAGCUGACGACCUCCGAGACGGUGGGCUACAUGGUGGUCGACGUCGACGUCUUCACCUCCGAGGAGUGCAUGACCAUCAUCAAGUCGCUCGGAGAGUCGAUCCGCUCGCGCAUCCUGUGGGCGCAGUGA